AUGAGUGAUUUUGAUGGAAACUUCAACGAAUCGACGUCGUGUUGGGCACCACCUUUCAGCCCUAGCCCAAGAGCGAUAUUGGCGAUGAUUGAUCAAGCCGAAGACGAUGGUCUGGAUCUAAUCUCUGAGAUGUUCCCUCAUACCAACUUACCAAGAGACCAUAGUGCUCAGUCCUCUGAACAAAGAUCUGGUCUCGGCCAGAGAUUAGCUGCAAGAGUAGGGUUCAGUCCUCCACCACUCGACACAGAAAACAUAAGUCCUUCGGCUGCAUCUUUAAGGAGCUCGACGACUGUUCCUCCUCCUGUCUCUGCAAUCCCUCCGGGAUUUAUCCCAUCAACGCUAUUGCAAUCUCCCAAUAUGGUCACUGAUUCUUCACAGAUGAUCCCAGCUCCGUCUUCAGACACCAAUUACGGACCUCAAGGUAUGGUGGAAACUUCCGGCGAAGGCAAUGCACCAACGUUGAUAUUCAACAACGAUCACCCUUAUCAGCCAGUGAAUGCUGAUCUGCCUCUUCUUGAUGUCUUUGAUGAUGUUCCAACGGAAGAGUCCGUUUAUCUCCCAACUUAUGAAACUGAUCAUGUUGAGCCAAUUGGGGAUUCCUUAGUCCCUAAUUCCUUUGAACAUGAAUUCGUUGGAGAUGCCAAUGUCAACUUCAUCUCCAAUGAGGGCACUGAGAGCGUGAAGGACAGCGAGAGCGAUGAUGAGUUGGACUUCGACUUUGAAUUCGAAGAUGAAGAUGAAGAAGAUGAAGAUGAUGAGGAAGAUGAAAAUGAUGAGGAAGAGGCUGAUCACGACGACGAAGCUGACUUUGAUGAUGCUGAACCUUCAUCUCCAAAGAGAAGGAAGUUUGAGGCAUCAUCAAACAUGAUCGGAGCAACGAGAACAAACAAGGCACAAAGGGUCAUACUUCAGAUGGAAAGCGAUGAAGAUAAUCCUGAAGAUGGCUUUCGCUGGAGAAAAUACGGACAGAAAGUUGUCAAAGGAAAUCCUAAUCCGAGGAGUUACUUCAAAUGCACAAACAACGACUGCAACGUGAAGAAACAUGUGGAGAGAGGAGCAGACAAUUUUAAGAUACUUGUGACAUCCUACGAUGGGAUACACAACCAUCCUCCCCCACCUGCACGCUGUAGAAUCAAUUCCGGUCCAAGGAAUCGGUCCGGUACAACAACAACGACUCAAAAUCAGAGCUAUCGAACCGACCGGUUAGUUUUCCAGAAUCCCGGUUACAUGUACCGGAAUGAUGAACCGAUGAUGAAUGUUGUACCGAAUGGUUCUGGGAUUUACGGUGGGAUCAGGCAUCGCCUAUUUGCUGAGUUUGGUGUUAACUUGAUGUAAUAAUUCGUUUUUUUCCUUUGUUCUUUCUUUCUUUUUCUUGUUCCUUAUCUCCAGUGAAAACCAAAA